AUCCUUUUCCACGGAGCGCGAGACGUCGCUGAAGAACGCACCGCGAUUGAGCUUAACGUGCUGUUCUCCGGUUCAACACAAUUGUUUUGUCCUACAUUUGCAUAGUAAUUUGAGCACCGAAAAUAAUAUAUGAGAGACAUGCGGUACAAUAUCGCAUUCUGGUUCAUUUCUGUGGCGAAUAAAAAACCGCGCGUGAUGGAAUGAUUUAACGGCGAAUUUAUUCACGGAGGAAACGAAGCCAACAGGAGCAAAGGGGAAACAACCGAAAUUAAUAGACAAAACAUGAGGGAGAGGAGGAGAGCUUUUGGAAUAAAUACGUGUGGUAAUCGGUUACGGUAGGCUGAGAAAUAUAUUGAAACCGUAAAAAGAAAAACCUACGUUCACGUUUAUUAUUGUUGACAGGCGACGUUUUUGAUAUUUGCAUGCGCCGUUUAUAGGGCAAACCGUCUUUAAAUCGCGUUUAAUGUAUUUAUCUGUAUUGUGUACAUAUGAAUGGUACUGUUGACAUAUUUUGGUGAUCAUUAUAGGCUGUUAGACAUAUGUCUUGUUUGACAGUUGGAUAUACAAACGCUUUGGCAAAAAAUGAGAAUAUGAGCAGAUGACAUGAGCCAUAACUGCAUCCGGUCAUAGUACACAUUUCUUGCACGUAUCAGCAACUUCAAAUAUAUUUAUUUGAACGAGAAAAAUACAUUACAUUCAGCACUAUUGUGUAUUAGAACGACAGGUAAAAGAGACUAUUCAUAUAUAUACACUCACCUAAAGGAUUAUUAGGAACACCUGUUCAAUUUCUCAUUAAUGCAAUUAUCUAAUCAACCAAUCACAUGGCAGUUGCUUCAAUGCAUUUAGGGGUGUGGUCCUGGUCAAGACAAUCUCCUGAACUCCAAACUGAAUGUCAGAAUGGGAAAGAAAGGUGAUUUAAGCAAUUUUGAGCGUGGCAUGGUUGUUGGUGCCAGACGGGCCGGUCUGAGUAUUUCACAAUCUGCUCAGUUACUGGGAUUUUCACGCACAACCAUUUCUAGGGUUUACAAAGAAUGGUGUGAAAAGGGAAAAACAUCCAGUAUGCGGCAGUCCUGUGGGCGAAAAUGCCUUGUUGAUGCUAGAGGUCAGAGGAGAAUGGGCCGACUGAUUCAAGCUGAUAGAAGAGCAACUUUGACUGAAAUAACCACUCGUUACAACCGAGGUAUGCAGCAAAGCAUUUGUGAAGCCACAACACGCACAACCUUGAGGCAGAUGGGCUACAACAGCAGAAGACCCCACCGGGUACCACUCAUCUCCACUACAAAUAGGAAAAAGAGGCUACAAUUUGCACGAGCUCACCAAAAUUGGACAGUUGAAGACUGGAAAAAUGUUGCCUGGUCUGAUGAGUCUCAAUUUCUGUUGAGACAUUCAAAUGGUAGAGUCAGAAUUUGGCGUAAACAGAAUGAGAACAUGGAUCCAUCAUGCCUUGUUACCACUGUGAAGGCUGGUGGUGGUGGUGUAAUGGUGUGGGGGAUGUUUUCUUGGCACACUUUAGGCCCCUUAGUGCCAAUUGAGCAUCGUUUAAAUGCCACGGCCUACCUGAGCAUUGUUUCUGACCAUGUCCAUCCCUUUAUGACCACCAUGUACCCAUCCUCUAAUGGCUACUUCCAGCAGGAUAAUGCACCAUGUCACAAAGUUCGAAUCAUUUCAAAUUGGUUUCUUGAACAUGACAAUGAGUUCACUGUACUAGAAUGGCCCCCACAGUCACCAGAUCUCAACCCGAUAGAACAUCUUUGGGAUGUGGUGGAACGGGAGCUUCGUGCCCUGGAUGUGCAUCCCACAAAUCUCCAUCAACUGCAAGAUGCUAUCCUAUCAAUAUGGGCCAACAUUUCUAAAGAAUGCUUUCAGCACCUUGUUGAAUCAAUGCCACGUAGAAUUAAGGCAGUUCUGAAGGCGAAAGGGGGUCAAACACCGUAUUAGUAUGGUGUUCCUAAGUAUAUAUAUAUAUAAUCUAUUUUAUAUUUUACAACUUUUACAACAUUUCCACGUUAUGCAUGGCUAUAAGUCUAUAAUUUCAAACUUCUCACUGAUCCUAAGAUACAUAUCUUCAAGUUCACACAUUAACAUUUCAUAAGCAAAAUUCACAAAAUACAUCAGCAAUAAACAUCACUGAGCAUUAAAGGGAAUGUCUAAACGUAUGUUUGCAUAAAGCCAAAGACAAUUCAUGCUUCCAUUUCUAACUACUGUGGCACAAAGAUUGCUUCUGCUAAAUUAUUUAUUUUCUCAGGUUAAACAACCUAGACAACGUUUCCCAUAACUGUACAGUGCUCAAAAUCUUUUUUAGUUAGGUGUCUUCCAUUAUCUGCAUUAUUUUCUAAUUAUAUAAAUUCUCAAGUCUUCCACAGACUUGGUUGUUUGGUAAAUCACUAUAUUUGCAAGUCAGAUUUGACAUCUAUUAGAAUAUUCGAUCACAAAAAAGUAUUCAUUUAAGCAGCUAACUGUAACCAAAAUAUAAAUAGAUCAAGAAAACAUUAGAAGAACAAUUACUAACUGAAACAGAGUCUGACAUCUCCGUUCUUGUCGUUGAGUAACUGAAUACUACGGGCUGGACUUAUUAAACCGAUCGCGUUGCACUAAAAGCGUUGCAUCUCUGACACUCCCUCACUGGACUUUCUCACUCCUCAUCACAACACCCGACUCCCACCAGACUGGAGGGAAAGGAGCCACCAUCUCCAGCCAGUGAACCAGUGACAACCUCACCGCAAUCAACCCCGUCUUCAUCUGGCCUGAUCCAUUGUCUACACCGUCAAGCUCAUCUGUUCACAGAACCAGCGGACGUAUUGUCCUCACCUCCUGGUUUGUGUGUAUGUGUUUGUGUGUGUUAAGAAAAAACUGAGUCGGCUCAGAAGAAAACAGCUAUCAUCUGAAGAUGUUCUGCAUGCUGAAGAUGUCUGCACUGCGGCUCGUGUGGGUCCCCAUGCUCUUGUGUGUAACACAUGCUUGGCUUUGCCAUGGAGUCUGUGUGGAGGUGGAUUCGGACACAGAAGCAGUGUUGGGUAAAGGAUUCAAACUAACCUGCAUCUCUUGCAAGAUGAGAGGAGAGACACAAGCCUCCGCCACUGUGGACUGGUGGUUUAUGGCUAAAGGCGAGAGUGAAUUCACACAAAUCUACAAUUACGCAGACAUUAGGGGCUAUAUAAUGGAUGACCGCUUUGCUGAUCGUUUACACUGGAACGGCAGUAAAAAUACUGUGGACGUGCAGGACGGCUCAAUCUACAUCCUCAAUGUCAGCUAUAAUGAUACCGGCACCUAUCGAUGCUACUUCGACCGGAAUCUCUUCUUUUCCAAUUACGAAUUCCACACCAAUGACACCAAGUUUGUCACCAUCAACGUGAUGGGCAGAGCUACUCGAGGCGUGGCAUCCAUCCUAUCUGAGAUCAUGAUGUAUGUCUCCAUCAUCGGGCUGCAGUUUUGGCUGGUGGUGGAGAUGGUCUACUGUUACAGGAAGAUAGCUGCAGCUGGAGAAGAGGCGUUGAGAGAGAGCGAGGCGGAAUAUUUAGCUAUAACCUCAGAGAGCAAAGAUAAUUGUGCAGGCGUAGCAGUGGCGGAAUAACACGGGGGCAAGAAAACUCUCAAGCCAAAAGCUUGACGCUCCACCCAACAUGACAUCACCGACUGCCUGCUCCGCCACUCCCACUGACGCUCUGUGACCGCAGCAGGGUUAGAUAUGGAAGGGUUUUGACUCUGAAGUUAUGUUACAUUGUAGACAACAGCAUUGAGGUUCAUAUAUGAAGGAUGCAUUAACAGGUUUAAAUGUGUAACACUGAACAAUACCAAGUACCGAACAUGACUUGUACAUACAGUAUUUGUUUGAGCAUCUGCUGUUUAAUUUUUCCACACGAGGUGAUCUACGUAUACAUACGUGUGAUAAAAAUGCUAAAUCACAUUUGUAUCUACUGAGCCAGAGGACAGCUAUACAAAAAUACGAUAUAUGAGCCGGUUAAAAUAUGACAAAUAUAUUAGAAAAACAUUAUAUAGAAAAUUUAAACAAUAUCAAAAAUAUAGAAUAUAGACUAUAAUUUAAAUACAUUUUUCCCCGAAUAAUGAUCGCUAGAACCUAAAAUGUGACCCUGACUGUGAAAAGAUUUUUUUUCUACCUAAAAUCAUCCUACGUAAUGUAAACUACAUUCUGUAAAAAUAUAAUCUUGAUAUUGUGGGAAUAUUUUUUAGAUAAAAGUAUGAUUUAAAUAUCAAUAUAAUCAAUAAGUGUUUUCUUUCAUUUGUUUCAUUAAGCUGUGUGUUUUUGUCAUGUGCUUUCUAUUUCACUCAGUGGAAAGUUACUGGGGCAAACAAAGAAAACAGAGAAAGUUGGGGGUUGGAGUCGUAAAUUAUCUAGAUAAACACACACACAUAUAAAGAGUCACAAAGAAAAAUAAAUGUUAUGAAUCAAUCCACUGUAUAUGUUCUAAGUAUAAUCAUGAGUUGUGAUGUGUUUUAAUGAAUCAUAGGAUUAAGAAACAACGCUAUAUAAUUAAAAACAUUAGAUGAUUAAGUGUUUUCUUUUUACUAAAAGAAUGUUAAGAAUGUUGGUGUGUUGUCCGGCCACAAUAAACUGUUUUUAGGAGACCACUCCUUGGGGGAGGGUGCCCCUGGAGAACAUUCCUCAAUACUAGAGACCGACCACAGGAUGUAUGUUUUGAGAAGGUUUUAUUUUUCAGGAACUACGCAGAUAAACGUGGCGUAUGGUGAUUGGUGGAAAGGGAGCAAAAAGCAGAGGAGGAGUCAGAAGAUAGAGCGACGUCACAUACUUUAUAAAUAUGGGUGUAUUUGAAUAUUUUGGUUGUUGGCUUGUGGUGGAGAGCGUGGUGAUUUACUGGCAACCCAAAGCUUUGUUACUCCUUUUUACAUCUGAUAAUAAACUUCUAAUCGAUUUUG